AUGUCUGGGUGGGAAUCGAGCGAUGAGCCGAGUUUGUUGGAAGAAGUUCUGAUGUGCCUCCCCUUCGACACGUACCGCAAUCCGGAGCUGGAAUCGGGCAACAAGGUGGUGCUUCCACCAUCGUGUCUGUCCCGGCUGAAAGACAUGGGCGUCCGGUUCCCUUGGUUGUUCAAGAUUGAGUCGUUCAAGUCGGAGAAAAGCUCCCACUGCGGUGUGCUGGAGUUCUGUGCGGACGAGGGGUUUGUGUACGUGCCGCGGUGGAUGAUGGACAACUUGGGGAUCGGAGAGGGGGAGGAUGUGAUCCUGCGGGACGCAUGGGCGAUGAUGGGGACGCGGAUGAAGCUGCAGCCUCACGAGGGCGCAUUCCUGGAGGUGGGGGAUGUGAGGGGGGCGCUGGAGGGGGCGCUGAGGGGGUUCUCGUGUUUGAGUAAGGGGGAUACGAUUGGGGUGAGGUGUGGGGAGAGGGAGUUUUUGGUGGAUGUGCUCGAUGUGGGCCCCGGCGGAGAUGUUAUCUCUCUUAUUGACACAGAUUGCGCCGCCGAGUUUGCUACGCCCUUGGACUACUACCUCAACAAGGAGGAGGAGGAGGAGGAGGAGGAGAAGGAGAGGGAAGGAGGGGUGUUUAGGGCGUUCUCGGGAGUGGCGAGGCGACUGGAUGGGGGGAGGUGCGCGGUGGCGGUGAAGAAGAAGAAGAAGGAGGACAAAGAUGAUGAUCAGGAGUUUAAACCAUUUAGUGGAAGAGGUCGUCUCCUUGGGGGACCUUUCUAA